UAUCCUCUCCCCCACACUGGAUUGCGGCUGCCGCACUCUGUUCCCCGCAGCGCCGUCCCUGCAUUCUCGGAACCUCGCCGCCACCGCCAGCCCGCGCCCCUCGCUACGAGCCCGCCCAUGGCCACGGGCUCCUCCUCCCCGGCCACCCCGCAGCCCUUCAAGCUGAUCCUGGGGUCGUCGUCGGUGGCGCGGAAGCACAUCCUCGAGGAGAUGGGGCUUGAGUUCCAAGUCAUGACUGCGGAUAUCGACGAGAAGAGCAUCAGGCGGGAGGAUCCUGACGACCUGGUGAUGGUUCUCGCGGAGGCCAAGGCUGAUGCUAUCAUGUCUAGACUGAACAUUGCUGAUUACCAGAAAGAAGACAAUCAACCAACACUUCUAAUCACCUCUGACAUAGUGGUCGUCCAUGAAGGGAUUAUUAGAGAAAAGCCAACCACCAAAGAGGAAGCACGCCAAUUCCUGAAAGGCUAUUCCGGUGGUCAUGUGUCAACUGUUGGGUCUGUAGUUGUAACUAAUCUUACAACUGGGAAGAGGCUUGGAAGCUUGGACAAAGCUGAGGUUUAUUUCCAUGAUAUACCAGAUGAGGUCAUUGAGAACCUGAUUGAUGAGGGGGUAGUAUUCAGGGUCGCAGGCGGCUUGCUUCUUGAGCAUCCACUGACACUGCCAUUUGUUGAAGCAGUGGUUGGCUCCAGCGACAGCGUAAUGGGGCUCUCGAAGGAAAUAGCAAGCAAACUGAUUCAUGACUCAAUUCUCUGAGUAGCCGCACUAGCAACUUUGGCUCUUUGAUCAUUGAUCACAUUAUUCCGGAUACUCAUCUAUUACCGUGUCAGAUGAAGCAUUUCAAAGCUUGGUGGUAUCUCAGUGAUUGCAGUAUUCUGGACAAUUGAAGGAUUUGACAACCGUUGUCACAUUGUGUUACGACAAGUUUGUUACAUGCAAUUGUUACAACAAACACACGAGAUGGCCCUUUUUGUUGUCCUGGUCUCCAAACAGAUCGAGAGGCAACCAGGUUAAUUCUUUGGCUUAUAUAGCACUCAUUAAA